CCGGUGCGAGGGGGGGGCGCGGCGGGUCGCGAUGGUGAAGCUGUUCAUCGGGAACCUGCCGCGCGAGGCGACGGAGCAGGAGAUCCGCUCCCUGUUCGAGCAGUACGGGAAGGUGCUGGAGUGCGACAUCAUCAAGAACUACGGCUUCGUGCACAUCGAGGACAAGACGGCGGCCGAGGACGCCAUCCGCAACCUGCACCACCACAAGCUGCACGGCGUCUGCAUCAACGUGGAGGCCAGCAAGAACAAGAGCAAGGCCUCCACCAAGCUGCACGUGGGCNNNNGCUGCCCUCCAGUGUCCAUCCGGCGGCUCUCGCUCGGUCCCGCGGAGGCUCCUCCCGCGCCGGUGGCUGCGGAGGGCUGGGGGGGCGGUGGCCGGUCCCGUCCCAUUCCGCCGGUGCCMUGGCACGGCCGCACUGACCCUGCCUCUCGCGUCUCUCCCCAAGGCAAGCGGAUGCGCGUGCAGCUGUCCACCAGCCGGCUGCGGACGGCGCCCGGGAUGGGAGACAAGAGCGGCUGCUACCGCUGCGGGAAGGAGGGGCACUGGUCUAAGGAGUGCCCGGUCGAUCGCCCGGGGCAAGUGGCGGACUUUGCCGAGGCCUAUAACGAGCAGUACGGAGCCGUGCGCACUCCCUACACCGCGGGCUAUGGGGAGACCGUGUAUUACGAUGAGGCCUACGGCGGGAUGGCCGACUACUACAAGCGCUACCGCGUCCGCUCCUACGCCACGGCCUCGGCGUACGACGCCUACGCGGAGCAGACCAUGGCCCAGUACUCCCAGUACGCCCAGUACUCCCAAGUCCAGUCCUCGGCCCUGGCCGCCACCACGGCCAUGGCCGGCCGCAUCCCCACCACCUUAGACGCGUACGACCGAGCUCUGCUGCCCACCCCGGGCGCGGCGGCCGCCGUUGCCGCCGCCGCUGCCACCGCCGCGGCCGCCGCCGCGUCCUCCACGUAUUACACCCGGGACAGGAGCCCCCUGCGCCGCACGGCCGCCGCGGCCAGCACCGUCGGAGAGGCGUACACGUAUGACCGUGGGCAGCUGUCGCCCGUCUCCUCGGUGGCCCGGGCGUCGCUCUACGACAUGCAGCGCUUCGAGCGGGAUCCCUACGCGGAGCGGGCGCGYUAUUCCGCCUUCUGAGGAUCGCCACGGACCCCUUGGGACUCGCCGCCGUUGUCGUGGCCCCGCAGGCCCCGGACGCCGCCGCUGCGUCAGGUCAGACGUGCCCCGGGUCGCCGUCGUCGCCGCCGCCGCGUCCCCUCCCCGUCGCYGCCGGAGCCGCCGCGUCCCAGCGCCCGCGUGUCCCCGUGGCCGGGUGUCCCCGAGUGUCCCCGGGUGUCCUCGUGUCCCGCGGGUCGCCCACCCCCCCUCACCUCUGUGCUCUCUUCCAGGUGCGGCGGCCUCGGACGGAGCCGUGUCCCCACCUGCCUGAGCCCCCACUUUUUGUACGGAGCUUCCCCAGAGUCCCCCUCGCCCCUCACCCAGGGCGGGGAGCCCCCCAGCCUCACCCUCACCUUUUCCAGCAAAAUAAAAAUUUUCACCGAAUUUUUGCG